AUGGCACAUGCUACCCUAACCGUUGCUGUAAUCGGCAGCUCACUACUCUUAGUAGUUGCAUUAUUAGGAGCUGCUUGGAUGUUCAUCGACGCUACCCAAUUCGAGGACGACUUCAUUAAAGGACUAUCCAAUUUCAAGGAAGAGUCGAGUGAGUUAUGGGAAAAGAUGAUGUCAGAAGAUCAUCAUAGGUUCACAAGAGCUGCGAAGCGUUUCGACAAACGCAGAAUUCGUCAACUUGCUUCUCGGACGGCAAGAGCAGAGUACGCAGGAGGACCAACGGGUGGCCAAGGAGAACCUGCAGGAGGAGGAGCUGGUCCUAAUAACGGAUCUGGUGAAGGGGCGUGCCCAACACCGUCAUGCCCACCGGGUCCACCGGGCCCGCCUGGAUCUGAUGGAACUCCAGGAGAUGAUGGCACACCCGGGCAGGAUGGCAAACCAGGUGUAGCAGGUAGCGACUUAGAUUUUGGCGAUGUACCAAAAGAAUGUGUUAAGUGCCCCGCUGGCCCACCAGGUCCUCCAGGACCGGAUGGACCUCCCGGUCCAGGUGGAAAUCUCGGUGCUGCUGGAAAUCCUGGAUCAGAAGGAGGGCCAGGAGAAGCAGGACCACCGGGUCCCGCGGGAACACCAGGACCUGAUGGAGCACCUGGAAAUCCUGGUGCAGAUGGUGAAGCAGGAGCCAGUGGACAAAAACAUAUACCCGGGGAACCAGGACCUCCUGGACCUCCAGGCCCACCAGGAGAGGACGGAAAAGAAGGAGACGCUUACGCCCAAGCCCCAUCAGAACCUGGGCCACCCGGACCACCGGGUCCUCCUGGAAAAGAUGGAGCUGCUGGCAACGAUGGGCCACCAGGAUCACCAGGAGCAGAUGGACAGCCUGGUAUAGAUGCUGCAUACUGUCCUUGUCCUGCUCGCGCUGGUGCAGGUGGUGGAAAUUCCUACAGCAGCGGUUCAGCAGAUGCAGCAUCAUCUGUUCCAACAGGAGGUGGCUCUUCUUCAGGUGCUACAUCGGAAGCUGGAGCUCCCGCUGCUUCUCCAGUUUCUGCCGGAAAUGGUGGCACGUCGUCUAGCAGUGGAGGUGCUGGAAGCGGAGGAAACUAUAAUCAAGCCUCUAAAAACUCAGCGAAAAAUCGCAGAGUAAGAAGCCGUGCAUUGUCCGGGAAGUUGGCAGCUGUAGAAGCCAAAGCACAUGGGAUCAUCCAGAAAAGAGGACGACCCAAUCCUAGCGCUAGCAAAAGGAACAGACAGAGAAGACAUUAA